GGUGAGGGCGCGCGCGGGCGAGGAGCGCGGUGCGGGGGGACGCAAAAGCAGAAUUACCUGUAGCUCUUGUUCUGCCAUCUCGGGCGCGCUCACACACCUUCACCUGCACAGACCUGAAAGUCCAGUUUCUCCAGAGGCUGAGGCUCCAGGAAAAGGGGAGCGAGUUCAUUGGAUCAAACAUGUCACAAGAGUCGGACAAUAAUAAAAGACUUGUGGCCUUAGUGCCAAUGCCCAGCGACCCUCCAUUCAACACCCGAAGGGCUUACACCAGCGAGGAUGAAGCCUGGAAGUCGUACUUGGAGAACCCUCUGACAGCGGCCACCAAGGCCAUGAUGAGCAUCAAUGGUGACGAGGACAGUGCCGCUGCCCUCGGCCUGCUCUACGACUACUACAAGGUUCCUCGAGACAAGAGGCUGCUGUCUGUAAGCAAAGCAAGUGAGAGCCAAGAAGACCAGGAUAAAAGUGAGCUUACAGCCUUCCACAUGAAAUUUCGGAGUACUUCAGUUGGGGCUGAGGAGUACAUGUAUGACCAGACCUCAAGUGGCACAUUUCAGUACACCCUGGAAGCCACCAAAUCCCUCCGCCAGAAGCAGGGGGAGGGCCCCAUGACCUACCUCAACAAAGGACAGUUCUACGCCAUCACACUCAGCGAGACCGGGGACAACAAAUGCUUCCGACACCCCAUCAGCAAAGUCAGGAGCGUGGUGAUGGUGGUCUUCAGUGAGGACAAAAACCGAGAUGAGCAGCUGAAAUACUGGAAGUAUUGGCACUCCCGGCAGCAUACAGCCAAGCAGAGGGUCCUUGACAUUGCUGAUUACAAGGAGAGCUUCAACACGAUCGGGAACAUUGAGGAGAUUGCGUACAAUGCCGUUUCCUUCACCUGGGACGUGAACGAGGAGGCCAAGAUUUUCAUCACCGUGAACUGUCUGAGCACAGACUUCUCCUCCCAAAAAGGGGUGAAAGGACUCCCGCUGAUGAUUCAGAUUGAUACCUACAGUUACAAUAAUCGUAGCAAUAAACCCAUCCAUAGGGCGUAUUGCCAGAUCAAAGUCUUCUGUGAUAAAGGUGCAGAAAGGAAAAUUCGAGAUGAAGAGAGGAAGCAGAACAGGAAGAAAGGAAAGGGCCAGGCCCCCCAGGCCCCGAGUAACAACUCCUCUGACGGGAAGUUGGCCGCCAUCCCUUUACAGAAGAAGAGUGACAUCACCUACUUCAGGACCAUGCCCGACCUGCACUCGCAGCCCGUGCUCUUCAUACCCGACGUCCACUUUGCAAACCUGCAGAGGACCGGACAGGUGUACUACAACGCAGACGACGAGCGAGAAGGCAGCAGUGUCCUUGUGAAGCGGAUGUUCAGGCCCAUGGAGGAGGAGUUUGGCCCGGCACCCGCUAAGCAGAUGAAAGAAGAAGGCACAAAGCGAGUGCUGCUGUACGUGAGGAAGGAGACCGAUGACGUGUUCGACGCGCUGAUGCUGAAGUCGCCCACGGUGAAGGGCCUCAUGGACGCGAUAUCUGAGAAGUACGGGCUGCCGGUGGAGAAGAUCACAAAGCUUUACAAGAAAAGCAAAAAGGGCAUCCUGGUGAACAUGGACGACAACAUCAUCGAGCACUACUCCAACGAGGACACCUUCGUCCUAAACAUGGAGAGCAUGGUGGAAGGCUUCAAGGUCACGCUCAUGGAGAUCUGAGGCCUGCGCUCCUGGAAGAGCUGGGCCAGACCGGAACUGGAACGGAACCCGCUCCCCCCCAUCCUCUCACAACUGCUGUUACACGCCCGGCUCUGUGGAUGGGACUGGGCGCAGCCAGGACCCACCCGCUGCCCCCUGGGCUGCAGCCCACCCUGGGUCCUCUCGGCUCCUUAUUUAUUGCCGCUGUCGGGACUCCAUGAGGCACCGCUGGUUCCAAGGGGCCAGGCCAGAGCCCCUCAAGGGACACAGCAUGGCCGCGCCUUCCCGGAGCCAGGGCCUCGUCCCCUUUCUCUCCUCUGUGUGGCUCCUGGUGCCUGAGAGGCUGUGCUCAGGGCAGUGGUCAUAGGUGGACCCUUCACCUUCGGCUGGCUGCGAGGCCUUGUCCAGGGAGUGCUGCUCCCUGCCAGUGGGGAGGAGUGUGAGGCGUGGCCCGCGCCUGUAGGUAGUGUGUAUACCGUCACCAGAAUACGUUCCAACUGUGCGGGGUUGGGCGGGCCCCUACCCCUACCCCUCCCCCUACCCCUCCCCCUCCCCGGGCACUCGGGCUCUUCCUCACCUGCUCAGAUCUCACAGUGGGCCCGGCUGUGACAGAGCCAAGGCAGACUCUGCCUCGGGGCUUCUGGGUGGUUCUCUCGCGUACCAGCUCCUCCCCAGCUUCGGUCUGGGGCGCUGUGCUGUCCUGGCACUGUGGACACUGUGUCACGCCCGGCAGCUUGCAGUGCACCCUCCAUCCCUAGGGACCCUUGAAAGCCCAGCUGCAGGUGGAGCCAUGCACCAAGCCCGGCCUCUUCCUGUGCCAGGGGACAGAGAAGGGCAGCUGCCUGGGCACCAGUGUUGGGAGCCGGGUGGCGGCCUGCCCAGAAGAGGGGAGCACUGGAAACUGCACUGUAGUGGUUCCUGCCCACCCUGUGGGCUGAAGAUCUCCAUUCGUGGCCUCCAGACGCACCCCGCGGCAAUGCCUAAGCUGUUGGGAAAGCACUUGGCUCUCCCGGGAAGCCUGCUGCCCGGACUCCGCCCUCUCCACCGCAGGCCCAGCCCGGGAGCCUGGAACAGGGACUUGGACCUGUGGAGCAACUGAGUGGGAUAGAGGGCAGGUGCUGCUGUGCCUGAGCAGGCUGAGGAGCCCUUCUCCAGGGUCCCCCGAGCUCGUCACCCUCCCAUGGUGCCGCACGUCCCAGCGGUGCCCCCGCCUUCCCCUCCUCCCCCACUCUGGCUGCCACACCUGGACGGGCAGCUGGGGCCAGUUCUGAGAUGGACACGUCCAGGGGUGGAAAGUCAUGAGCGCGUGUACUUCACGCUUCCAGGGUCAGGAAUCGGCCCCUCAGCUGGGCUGGGGACUCCAGAGCAGGGAAAGGGCCGCAUUUGUGGCAGCUGGACACAAGCCACCGACCUGGAGAGACCCAGUCCCUUUGAAAAACUGUGCCGGCCCCGUCUAAGGCAAAGGACAAAUGGGAGACGCUCUCGCCUUUGUCCCGAGUCUGAGCCAUUGCUGUGGUGACUGCUGCCAGAUCAGAGGUGACGAGGCCGGUGCCACCCACCCGGAGGAGAGUGUCGCCCUCCCGUCCUUCUGUCCCUCUGCACUCUCGUGCCUGCGCUUAGCUUUGGUGACUCCUUCCCUGUGUAAGUUAGUAGAGCUGUGAUCAAAACGUCCCAAGAAAAACACUCCGGAAAGAUAGAAAAACUUACCUCCUCCUUUUCUUGUCCUUUAAUCACUCCCCAAUGAAUACAUAAGCUUUGUGGGGGGCAGCCCAUAAAAGGUGGGGGAUACAUGAAGCAAGUGUUUUCUUCUACAUCCCCAAAUUGCUUAGGCUUUCCUGGUGUUUGGAAAUUGGAACCAACAGAAAAGGCAGUGAGGUAACAUCCUGGAGUUGGUCCCUAACAGACUAAGGCACCUCCCAGCACGGAAACUCGGGGAGUGCGAGAUGAGUCAAGCAUCUGUUUUCCUCCUUAUUUAAAAUUAUGAAAAAGCAACAGAAAUAGAGGGUUUGUGCCAAAUUCUCAGAAUGGUCCUUUCUUAGAGACAAGCACGAGAGACUGAUCUAUGUACAGUUUACUCUCACAUUUAAAAAAAAAGCAAAUGUAACUUAAUAGUUUUGUAAAUGGGAGAGGGGAAA